AUGGCGCCAAUACAGUUUUCAGGUGAGGGGGUUGAUCGCGCGCAAGUGCUUCAGCGGCUCGAUGAGCUCUACAAAAGCGGAUUUGUUGGCAAAGAUGAGUUUGAGCGUGCAGCCGCAAAGAUUUUGCAUGCCAGCAUUGAAGGAGAUAUCGCUUUUACCCCGAAGGAGUACGAUCCAAGCGUUACGAUCCCGCGUAUACUUGUCUAUCUCCGGGAUAAUGACGCAGACCGCGAUGUUAACUGGAACGUGAGCUUCCCACUAAUACAGGGGUACAUUGCGGAGGCCACUCACCAGAUGACAACCGGUGGUCUUGGAUACAGUAACCCUAAGCUGCGCGCUGCCUUCGAGGAUGCGCAUGUUAUGGUCAGGACUCACCUGACUGCAGAGAAGCGUGCCCGUGAAAUGACGCAAUGGACUGAUGAUAUCAUGCGAGGCCAAACCACGCAAGAACGUCUCCUGACUUAUACGAAUGCAUUUCCACUCCCCGAUCCUGACCGCGCGAAGUACAAACAUUGGCCAGUGAAGCCUAUGCCGCGUCUUGGCGAUCUCUCCCCGGUCUGGUCUACGUCACUCAAGAUUCUUGACCCAACGGACGAGAUACCAUGCCUCGCUGAGGUAGAUAACUAUGUUGAGAGCGAGGAAAAUUAUUUCCGGGACGCUAUGAAACGGGUCAAAACCGGCAACAAUAUACAUGUUCAUUGGCGGAAAGAAAACAAGUUUGCUACCGAAAACAGGGCGUAUGAAAAAUACAUGAGAUGCGGCCCAGAAGACCUUCGCAAGUACCCGCCUCCGUACGACAACAAAACUAUAGGUCCAAAAGAAUCUAGUAACCCAGACGGAACGAAGGGCCAAUCAUUUUAUCAUAGACGUGGAUGGCAAAGAGCCGCACUUCAGCAAUGUCUGAAUCUGUUUACGAGCUACGAGAACCGUGCCAUUAAUACCCCGUGGCGUCGACCCAUCUUGCCAUAUGGGCCACCAGCGGCUUUACCCAGUGAUACAGCCUAUGCACCACGGGUGGUCAAUCCUGAGGAUGCAGAUGAAAAGUGGAAGGAUCCGUUUUCAUGGCUUCAUUGGUCUACUCAGUAUUCUCAGAUCGUCGAUUUUCUGGCAGAUUGUCAGCGCCAACGAUACAGAACUGUUGCCUGGAAGGACUUCUCAGCCUCCGCAUUGCCUAAUAACUUCCGUGGGCCACACAUUUACACAGGCUUGGCUGUUCAUGAUCAACACUGGUUGAAGAUUGGCCAACACCUUGAGAAUCUCGAAAUCUUGCUUCAUGCUGCGUGGGGGGCAGCGCCUCGCCCCUUACUGAGAGCUAUAUUACGUGAUAUCGAUGCCGGGAGACGUGAGAAUACUGGAGGCCCUAAUAUGGACAAUAGUCGCCUGUUACCAGUCAAUGACAGUGACGAGUUGCAAGAUAGAAAGCGCUAUUGGCGUCGGGAUAUUAAACGCCGGACCGGAAUCGACAGACACGUAGACAACACCGAGGAUGAUAACUACAAGCUGGUAUCAGACCAUGAGAUUGAAUGGUUGAGGUAUUUGGCGGAGCCUUCGCGAACGCUAGAAAUGUGUGACCCAGCAAAGCUACCACCACACAACCUUGCCGUUGUGUUUGAUGUAAAGCUUCAAUCAUUCUUCCAGGACCUAGAGCUUUCGGGAGGUCUAAACUACACAGAACUUUCACUUUGGGCAGAAAAUCGCCAUGAUAUUGACGAAGUCGUGCGCACCUACAACCCACCUACACUCAGUACGGCGCUAGCAUAUAUAAAUGGCUCUUUGGAAUCAGAAUUGAUUUUCAGCGGAGACAUGGACCCUAAUCCGGAGCAUCCUAACGCUUGCUACCAAUUUUCUGUGGAAGAAGCAGAGUUUUGUUGUAUUGAGUUGCAACAGCUUGGUAGAUGCAUAUAUAUACCAAGGAGAGGCGAGGAGCCUGCGAGGGUCGGCCGACCGAAUUAUAACGUACACCCCGAAGAUCGUGUUACAUGGCGCUACCAAAAUUCCUAUCACUUCCGCGAGAGCAAUGAAGAACAGGUGGAAGACAUGGUGCUCCAUUACCAGCAAUCAUACGGCAGCUGGGCUUUGUGCAAUGGGGAUAGACCUAGGUUCGCUCGUGAGCUAGAAUUCAUGCUAGAUCAUGCAGGGUUCGACUUCACGCCCGAGUUACAGCGUGUAGAAACACAAAAGCAGCCUACAACGACCAUAGCCGCUGCAAAAAGACGGGAGUUCAUACAUAAAUAUAUCGUACCAGAGGGGUUGUUCUCUAUCGGAGACGCAUCGCCCGACGACAUUGAAUAUGAACGAGACUUUCCUUAUCGAGCCGAUAUAGCCCCCUGGGAAGCAGUUGGUGCUCACCUUACGAAGUACCACGAGUAUGUCAAACAACAGCGGUUGAAUGAACACUACUAUUAUUCGGGUGAACCAUAUUUCCCGCAAACACCGGAGAGGACUGCACAGUUCUUCAGAAAUCUAGCUUAUCGCAUGGGCCGGACGAUGAGAUACGUGGAUCAGAUCAAGGAGAGAUUACAAGUUCUGGAAAAGCCGUCGAACACGGAACCAGCAAAGGCGUCUCUAGAGCUCUCUGCAGAGCUCAUAAAGCCCCGCCCCAUCAAAAGCAUGAAAUCGAAUACCGCUACAAGCUUCCCAGUAAUUGAGAAAUUGUGGCAGCCAAUAUCUACUAAGACCUACGACCUUGCUAUCGAAAAAUGGACCUUGGCUAUAGCAGCAGGCUCGGGUGAGGUGGCUCUCAUACCUCCAGACAUCAAGGACGUCCUAGCAAAGGCAGACCCUAAUUCAUCGUCUCAGAAUCCGCUCAAAGGCAACCAGGACCCCUUCACUAUCAUCCGGGAGGGUAUCAUAGAUGACUGUUUCCGGAACCGGCCCACUAUGUACCCAGGUCGGAUAGGCGGGUGCGUGGACAAAAAGAACAAAGAAUAUCAAGGCUAUGGAAGACCUGACCUCUUUGUGUGGGCAACAAAGGACCAAAGACGGUACCAGGCUCAGCACACACGCCGUUACUUCUUUAACAUGCAACGAUGGCCAUCCUCUCGCAUUCUUCCACACAGACUCGAGGCCAUCCGCGAACGUAAAGACGAAACACUUCGGGUAAAUCCAUCAGACCCUGACCAAGCCUAUGGUAUCUUGACCAACCGACUACCCAUCGGAAGGGAAAAGCCAUUGUAUGCACACCCCAUAAUAGACCAUCAUCACGGCCCCAGCCCAGACGACUGGCGCGCAUUUGGUGACUACUCUGAGAUGGAUUUCCGUAGCCCUACUCCGCCUACGCAACAUACUCGACCUCCUCAAUCUCCUGAAACUUCAGUAGAUCGUCUCUUCGUCAACGGCAAGGUAGUUAGCCUUAGUUCAGCUAGUAGCCAUAGUAGUGACAGUGACGGCGACGACGGGGUUGCCCAGCAGAACAAACCUACUAGCAGCGGGAUCAACAACAACAACGAUAACAAUGUCAUUAGCAUCAACACCGUCACAAUCGACGAUGACCCCGUCAACAUCAAUCCCUUCGAGGCCAACCUCUUUCAGGCGACUACUAGUGGCAGCUAUACCACCACCAGCAACAUGCCGUCAACAGAAACGAUGCCUAAACUGUGGGACACGUCAAAGAUUGGGACAAUAGGGGGGCCAGCAAGGAGGACAACAGGGAGGACAAUAGGGGGAACAACAGGGGGGACAUCAGGGGGGGCAUCAGGGGGGACAACAAAAGGAACAACAGGAGGAACAACAGGAGGGGCAACAGGAGGGGCAACAGGAGGGACAUCAGGGGGGACAUCAGGGGGGACGAAGCCGCCAAGGAGGGACCGACCCUUCAGGGGUCUCGUUCCCUACAGACGAAGCGAUGAGAGGUUCGCGCCUGGGCCAGCCAUCUUUCCCAUGGGUGAUACCUUGUUGCAGAAGGUAAUGAUCAGCGAGGAGCUUAACAGCGCAAUGUACCCGUCACAGCCUUUUUACAAGGAGCCAUUACUAGGUCUCCCAAAGCUACUGAAGCAUCUUGCUUCUGGUGCGCCUAAACGACUAGUGCCAUUGGUGCCCCCAGUCGCGAGGUCAGUUAUUCCUCGGAGCAACCCACGGAAGCGGAAGAUGCCUAUCGAGUUCUUGAACGGCCCAGCAACCAAGAAAUUUCGCAGUGAUGCUUCCGCCCCCUUGCAACGAGGUGGAAACGGUGGCCAGUUCGCGGCGGGUACAAUGGAAAUUAAGGAGGAGACUGUGCCCGCUGUCAAGACCGAACCGGGCAUUACAACAGACCCAUUCGAGUACACUACGGAAACCAAGACCCCAAUGCCAUCCGCUACGGAAAUCCAGACUCCAAUGAAUUAUACGAACGUGGCAACAUCUCUUCCUUCAUUGCCUUUAUUUUCUAAACCUUCCCGAAUGACAGCAAAGAGCAUACUCGCGGCGAAGUUCCCUGAUGGUCUCCUGACAUCAGUCGUCGCUCUAAGCGACAUGUAUCUGGGUGCUCUGGUAGCCCUGGAAUUCAGCAUCAAUCAUCAGCUUCAGGAGUAUGGGCUCCAAACAAGCGUGCAGGAGCUUAAGGAGGAGAUCACUACCGAGAGAUGCAAGGCUCUUAAGCCGUACAUAGGCUCGUCGAAGAACUUCCCUGUACAGGCCGUCGGUCUACUGCUAGAAGGCCUGGGCGAGAAGUACGGCUUGAAGCUGCAACUAGGUACCGUCCAAGGAGUGGGACCAAACGUCAAGAAGAUGCAUGAUACAAUAGGCAAGCCAGGAAUUACGUCAAACAGUAUCAUCCCCUUGAAGACUCGCCUAGUGGGAUCCAAAUACAACACGGAUGAGGAUAGGAUUGUCCUUUGGAUCGGUCUCGAUACGUUUGAGCAGCUCAAAUUCCUCCAUGAGAAUCCUUAUAGCGGAUAUAAAUACAAUACUUACAGGGGAGUAGGGUCCGUUAAAGCACAGCCAAAGGAGACAAACGCUUGA